UAUACUGGACAAAAGCGGAUGUUGUCUGCGACUUGUCUGUCAGUGGUCAGUUGAGUUGGGACUCCUCUUCGUAUAUGCCACAUGGUUACGCUUAUUGUCUGUACUAUCUAGUUUUCCGUGGUGGGGUUCUUGUGUGCGUACGUAUACUCAUUCCAGAAACUUCAGGACCGGACAAAAUUCAAGCCACCUGGUCAAAAUGUUGGCAAAAAGGAGAGGUCUUACGGUGGGCUUUGUCGGUGGGAUUGUCUUCACUCUGCUAUGCCUGGAGCUGGUAUUUCAUGGGGAGAAAACUGAGAUAAGAAGUACGACCUCCGAACGUCAGGCUCAAGAUUUCUCGACAACGACGGAGCAGCCUGCCAAGUCGGAGACAAAACAAAACAUGGUGACGUCAGUCUGGAGUCAGAAGCGUCAUGACUUUGACAUCAGUAAAAUCACGUCUGCCGAACAAAUGUCAAUACAUGUUGUCGACUCCAAGCCAGUCUACCAAGUCGGUGACACUCUGGUGGUAAAGAUCAACGCCAGGGACGCGAACGGACAAAAGAAAACUUACGGAGGAGAUUUUCUUCUAGCAAAACUGUGCACAAAGUCUCCCGUUAAGGCUUGUUCGGCUGGAAGGAUAACAGACCGCGGAAAUGGAGUUUACAUAGCAAGAUUUUCCUAAGUUACCCGGGGAGCUUGGCUAUCUCAGUCCGGCUUGAACAUUCCAGCGAAACUGUUGAGGUUCUGAGGAGAAUUCGCGACUCCUUCCUUGACAGACGUGUUACCAAAUGUAGCUUUGUCGACGAAUACUCGAACCUAACAGAGUGGACUCACUGCAGUUUUAGUCGAAACGACAGCGUCAAUCCAAGAGAUAUCUGUGACUACUCUAGGUCGAUACCGAACGCUACGUGGUACUGUCAAAGGCCCACGAAGGUUAACGGAGGCUGCCACUCUAUAACAGAGUGUAAUCGAGAUAACCCUGCCACGACCAAGCUCCACGAAACGAUGAUCACAACCAGCGAGGCCGCGCUGUUCAACAGGAGUCUUGCGAAUCGGGAAGUCCCAAAUGACAUCAGAAUCACCGUGAAAGGGAAACGUAUUCAAGAUGGCGUCGGAAUGAAAUCUCUACCGCCAUGUGGACCGCAUCUACCAGCAAGAAGUUCUGAAGGGUACUGGUACAACAAAACGUGGUACUCUCUCAAAUGUCGUCCACAUAGACUUCACUUAUCCCACCUAGACUACCGAUGCCUUAGAAACAAAAGCAUCGUCGUACUAGGAGACUCUACGGGACGACAAUAUUUGGAAUAUCUUCAACAUCUAGUGAAGAAUAUCAAAGCCGAUCUACCUGAAGAAAUAAGAAAGUGGGAGAGAAACCAUAAAAGUAUGAAGUUGGAUUUUGUAUUUCACACCUUUCCUAGGAACCACGGCGAACCUGCUCUUGAAGUGAAGAAGCUAAGGUUUGUCGCCGAUGAGAUUGAUCGAAUCGUCGGCGGGCCGAAUGUGCUGCUUGUUCUCUGUUUCUGGGCCCAUUACAAUGCGGAACCGUUAGAAACGUUUCGUUCGCGAGUCUGGGGAAUUCGGCAUGCUCUAGAACGUUUACUCAGUCGCUACCCUGACACGAAGGUAGUGUGGAGGACCGGAACCAUGCAAGAUCACAUCAGGUUAGAACAUUUUCUGGAAAACAGUAGUUGGUAUACUUCUCAGCUGCUACAAGAAGCCAAGCAGAUUCUUGGCGACUUAAAUAUCUUCAUCAUGGAUGUAUGGGAGAUGUCAGUGUGUGAUGAACCGUUUUACAUGUUACACCCUGGUCCUGAUAUCAUCAAGAGCCACCUAGAGAUGAUGUUGUCUUAUCUGUGUUCACGGUAAAACAAAGUGGAGAUCUAGUCAGAAUUGGGCAUGCCCCUAGGGUGUCGCCAAAAAAGGAUUCUCUGACAUUCGAAUAGAUAUGAGUAGUCAGAGUUAGAUCAGCCAAAGUCCCAGACCGAACAUUUCAGAACACCGGGAUAUCAGUUAACCAGGUCACUGAAUUUUGAACUCUGUU